AUGGAUACCCACGACGUCUCCGAUGUUCCGGAGUACUUGGAGUAUCUUCGAGGACAUAAACAAAAUCUGAAAAACGCGCAGGCUGUCAAGGGAUGUCCAGCAAGAUCCAAAAAAUCCAGAGAUGAGAUCUUGAUGCAGUUUAUGGUUCGACAAAUGAUGAAUAAAGAACCUCCUGCCCAUCCGAACUAUAUCCGAUCCUCGUUCCUACCACCUGCGUACACCCCUUGCGUUACUCCAUUCAGCAAGUUGGAGAAGGUAAUGAUGAAAAGCCUAUUUCUUGAAACUCAUCAUCGGGGACGUUAUCUCCUUCUGAGAACGGUGACUCCGAUAGAUAUAAGCACCGCCGUUAUGGCCAUCGUGGAGGAUGAAGACGGGAGUGUUCUCAUGAUACAGCUCUACAACCAAGAGCAGGAGCUAUUGGGCGCACAGAGUCUCAGAGAGGGCACAGUACUUGCUGUGAAAGAACCCUAUGUGAAAGUAAUGGCAGACGGGGACUACGGGAUUCGAGUGGACCAUCUCUCAGAUGUCAGGUUUAUCCCCGAAUUUGACGACCUAGUUCCCUUAUCCUGGAGGAAACGUAUCACGCAGGCUGACGAGAGCGCCCCCUUUUGGAAGGAGAAAGGAAACGAGAAUUUUACUCGGGGGGAUUAUAAGUCCGCAGUUCAAUGGUAUUCAAAGUCGCUGGAGACCCAUUCCUCACCCGAAUUGCUGGUUACAGUACAGCUCAACCGUGCCCUCGCCUUUUUGAAAAGCCACUGCUUUGAUGCAGCGUUGAGAGACGUUGAAGAUGUCUUGAAAGUAUCAGAGCUAUCGGAAAAAGCUCUUUUCAGAAAGGGUCAAGCUUUAUAUCAACUUGGAAGAUUCAGGGAAUCAUGUGAAACCUUCGCAAUACUCACAGAGAAGUAUCCAAAAAACGCCACGGCUGCACAUGAGAAUGUACAUGAGAAUGUACAUGAGAAUGCACAUGAGUAUGCACAUGAGUAUGCACGAGCAUCUGCUCGACUUGUGGAGCAGGAGAGCGGGAAAUACGAUUUCAGAAAGAUGAUAAAGGAGGCCAAGAAGCGUCAGCCCCCGAGACUUAAUCGCGGUACCUACAUUGGUCCUGUGACUGUUAAGCAAACUCAAUAUCAUGGGAGAGGACUCUUCACAACACAGGCAGUGAAGGCAGGGGACCUUUUGUUCUGUGAAAAGGCAUUUGCUCACGCUUUUCACGAUGAAAAUGCCUCGAAAGGUCUCCGUCUGUUACUCAAUGUCGACAUGAACAAAGCUACGAUUGGCACCCAAGGGGAGCUCAUUCAAUUGAUUGUUCAAAAGCUUUACAAAAAUCCAUCUUUGCUACCGGACUUUGUCAAGCAUCAUCAUGGUACCUACAAAUCAGUGGAUUGCCUGGAAGUGGAUUCUGAACCGGUCGUAGAUAGUUUCCUCAUUGAGAGAAUCAUGCUCCUAAACGGUUUCGGAUGCCCUCUUCUCUGCCGCGAGAGUCACAUACACAGCAUGAAAGGAGAUUCUGAUUCUGCCAAAGGGGCCAAUGAAGUAUUCCAUUCCAAUGGGGUUUGGUCUAUGGCGUCAUACAUUAACCAUUCUUGCCUGAGCAACGCUCGUCGUUCUUUCAUUGGAGACAUGAUGAUUUUGCGUGCUUCAAGGGACCUGCCUUCCAAUGCCGAAAUUACCUUUUGGUACAAAUCGCCCAUGAACUGUGACCCUAAAGACCUAACAGUCAACCUAGAUCACUGGGGCUUUAAGUGCGAUUGCAUAUUAUGCCAAGAUACACGAAGUCUUAGCAGGCAUGUUCUAUCAAAUCGAAACAAGCUCUUGGCCGACCUUCAAAGAUUAUUCAAAAGACCCAAGAUGGAUUUGCGAAAGAUUGAAGGCACAAUUUCUAGCCUCGCAAGCACAUAUUGCCGACCAGCUUCUGAAGUCCCUCGCCUUGGACUUCAUUCGCCAUAUCUGACCCUCGCUGCGAUUUACGCUUCAUCUCAAAAACAUGGAAAGGCUGUGAAAUUUGGAAUAAUGAGCCUAGAGUCACUUGGGUUCGUUAUCAAGGGUGCAGAUAUUCCUCAUAUCUCAGACGCUCCAUUGGUUGUCAAAAAAUGGGGCCUGAUGAAUGAUGCAGUUGUGGGGUGCUGGAUGAUUCUGUGCUAUGCAUUUCGAGAGUUGGCACCUACUCUCGCGUCCCAAGCUGAGGGCUAUGCCAGAGUCUCCUACAAAAUUUGCGUUGGCGAAGAUGAGACUUUUGAUCAGACAUACAGCGGGCUAUCAAAUCGGGUAGAUGGAUUUUUAACAACGGCAAAGUAG